AUGGGGGUGACAGGUGUCAAUGGAUUUUCCUGCUGUGGCAAGCAGUCAGUAGACAUUAUGGAUACACAGAGUAACUUACUCCAACACCAAUCUGAGUCCCAUCUGGUACAAGAAGAUGAGAGAGAGCUAGAAGCAGAACUGCUGGAACAUGAGCCAUUGCCCAAAGUGGAGCCAGACGUGGACCUGGACCCGGACCCGGAGCUGGAGGCAGACUUAGACGGAUCCUUGCCCAAGCCUGAGUCCAUGCUAGAAACAGAGCCAGAGUUGAGGGUGACUGACUUGAAGUCCUUCGAUGAAGCCCCUGAGCAGCAGAGCAUAGAGCCCCUCUACCCCAACAAGGAGCAGAACCUCAGACAGUGCAGCCUAACCUCCAUGGAAGAGGAGCAGAGGCCCACCAGCCAUUGUUCCAUUUGCUUGCAGACCUCCAAUCACCUCUUCUGGGCAGACAAGAACAUCCAGACCUCAGAACACAGCCUGAUACAGGUGAUAGGCCUGGAGCCCAGCAAAAACAUCACAGACAUGCUGACCUCCAGCCGCACAGGCCAGGAGCCCGUCCCCAACAACACCCUGUGCUACAGGGCCCAGGGAGCUCAUUCAACUACAAGCUCCCAGACACUGCUGACAAGCCCCUGCCUGUCCUCCUCCAGUCUCCCAGGAGCCAUCGGCCUGGCUGACCUAAUCAGUUUUGCGUCUUCCCUGGUCAUGGCCUCCAGCAGCAAGGACCUGCCCAACUUGGAGCACCUGAUCAAAGCUCCUUCCCAGAAGGCCAUGGCGCCUUCUACAGAGCCCACCAAGGAACCUGCUGCCCAGCCAACCGAGGCAGAGCUGGAGCUGGAAAAGCCCACUGAGGUGCCACCAGAGAAGCCAUCAGAGAAACCACUUGAAGCUGGUGAGCCACAAAAAGUUUGGAAUGAGGAAUACAGGAGCUUCAACAAGCCAGGGAUCAAGAGGGCCACCAUUGAAGGGGAAGUCAAGUUUCUCCAGCCACCAGCCUUGGCUCUAUCGCCUCAGGGAGCCAGGAAAGACUCGGUGCCAGGGACCAAGAAACAGAGUCCAUUAUUGCUGAAAAUCCAUUUUAAGCUGUCUUCCCCAUAG